GUUCUCAGAACCUCCCUGGAACCAUAGUAAAACGUUCUCAGAACCUCCCUGGAACCAUAGUAAAAUGUUCUCAGAACCCCCCUGGAACCACAGUAAAAUGAUCUCAGAACCUCCCUGGAACCAUAGUAAAAUGUUCUCAGAACCCCCCUGGAACCACAGUAAAAUGUUCUCAGAACCCCCCUGGAACCACAGUAAAAUGAUCUCAGAACUCCCCUGGAACCUAAAUUAUUGUUCCCAUAACAGGCAAAAUUUUCACUUCCAUUCUCAGAACAUUUAAAAAAAACAUUCAGUUUUACAGGUCAGGAAACGUAUGCUUUGUUCCCAGAACCAAUCGGAAGCCAAAAAUGUACGUUCCCACAAGUUCCAAGGACCCAAAUGUGCUAUCUGGGUAAUUCCUACUAAAUAAUUAGGCUACUGAGCAACAGAAUGUUGUUGUGCUCUUUUGGUCAGAAAACCACCAACUAUUGUAGCAAAUUUGUGGGGGUAGCCUGACCUGGACUCAAACCCAGGUCCGAACCUCUUGAUGUGGUCGCUGGGUGUUUGGUUAAGGUUGGUAAAGUGUUGACGAUACAAUGUUAGAAAAGCCCCCGAAAACAAAAUAUUUACUUCAUGUCUGGUUUCCUUGUAUACAUGUUGGAAUCUCUGUGUAAACACACACAGGGGAAGAAGGUUCUCAACACAAACAAGUAGCCUUUAGUUUUCUUACCAGAUGGUUAUGAAGGUCUCUCAUCUUCAGGUAGCCUAUUUAACAACUUUUCAGUAACCUUGAAUUGCUUGCUGUGUGAUUCAUCAAACCAAAAGUGUGAAAUGGCUCCCAAGUAGCGCAGCGGUCUAAGGCACUGCAUCUCAGUGCUAGAGGUGUUGCUACAGUCCCUGGUUCGAAUCAAACCCUGUAUUAUAAGGUUCAGUGAGAGGUCAUGUUGAGGCUAGGGUUGUAUCCUGGUUGGUGCUAGGGUUACUUCCUGGUUGGUGCUAGGGCUGCUUCCUGGUUGGUGCUAGGGUUACUUCCUGGUUGGUGCUCGGGUUACUUCCUGGUUGGUGCUAGGGUUGCUUCCUGGUUGGUGCUCGGGUUGCUUCCUGGUUGGAGCUAGGGUUGCUUCCUGGUUGGUGCUAGGGUCGCUUCCUGGUUGGUGCUAGGGUUGCUUCCUGGUUGGAGCUAGGGUUGCUUCCUGGUUGGUGCUCGGGUUGCUUCCUGGUUGGUGCUCGGGUUGCUUCCUGGUUGGAGCUAGGGUUGCUUCCUGGUUGGAGCUAGGGUUGCUUCCGGGUUGCAAGAUUCUCGGAAUCAGAGGGUAAUAAGAAGGAAAUACGGAAUUCUCCAACCAGGAUUUCUAUAAAACCUGUUGCUGGUUGCAUCCCAAAUUGCAACCUAUUUCCUAUGUAGUGCACUGCUUUUGACCAGGUCUACCUAGGGAAUGGGGUGCCAUUUGGCAAACAGGCAGUGUCUGACCUUGAGAGAUUUAUUAAGUUAAUAAUCUGUUAUUUAUUUUGACCUUGUAGGUACAGCACUGGCUGAUGGGGGUAUUGACUCAGGGAGGAUACAGUACUGGCUGAUGGGGGUAUUGACUCAGGGAGUAUACAGCACUGGCUGACGGGGGUAUUGACUCGGGGAAGAUACAGCACUAGCUGAUGGGGGUAUUGACUCAGGGAGGAUACAGUACUGGCUGAUGGGGGUUUUGACUCAGCGAGGAUACAGUACUGGCUGAUGGGGGUAUUGACUCAGGGAGGAUACAUGGAUACAGAUUGCUGUGAUUACUCCUGAUGUUUCCAACACUUCUGAUAUCAUGUGAAGGGAUCAUGAAAGGAUGAAGAGGAGGAGGGAUGACAUGCACAUCCUACAGAUCACCGGUUCUUCACAAAAAGAAUACUUAAGAUAAAGAAGUCAUCUAGAGACGAGCACCAUGAUGGAUUCUAUUCAGUCUACACCUGAUGUCUUCACCACAGACAGCAUCUCGAGAGAACCAUACCAUGAGACCCAACAGUCACCAUCCAACUCAACCAUACCCGUCGAGCAUCACUACAGCUUCCACAAUACCCUACUAGGUGUCUUCCUGGGCUUCCUGUCCCUGCUCACCGUCGUCAUGAACAUCCUGGUACUCUACGCCGUGAAGAAAGAGAGGACCCUCCACACGGUGGGCAACCUCUACAUCGUCAGCCUCUCCGUGGCGGAUCUCAUCGUCGGGGCCACCGUCAUGCCCCUCAACCUGGUGUAUCUGCUGGAGGACGAGUGGAGGCUGGGGAGGGUCGUCUGUCAGUUCUGGCUCAUCAUGGAUUACGUAGCCAGCACAGCCUCCAUCUUUAGUCUGUUUAUACUAUGUCUGGAUCGGUAUCGGUCCGUUCACGAGCCGCUGAGGUACCUGAAGUACCGAACCAGAAGGAGAGCUAGCGUUAUGAUCUCAGGGGCCUGGUUGUUGUCUACGAUGUGGAUUAUUCCUAUUCUAGGGUGGAGGUCGUUUGCUACUGUCGAUCUUAAACCGGAAAUGGAAAAUAAGUGUGACACCGAUUUCCGGUUUGUUACGUGGUUUAAGGUUUUAACUUCUGUGUUUAACUUCCACCUUCCGUCUCUGUUGAUGGUGUGUUUCUACUCACGCAUCUACAUGGCUGUGAGGAGGCACUUCAGAGAGAGGGAAAAGAUUAUCAAUCCUACAGAUUCCACGGCGGGAAACCGUAUCGGACACAAAGUCCAAACAGGAAAUAGACCCUGCGAGUCUUCUAACGAGGAAAAUAAGGGAAACGACUGUGACUUUGAUCAGUACACUUUAGACCAGCUGUACAACUCAACAGAUACGGCUGAAACCAACGCAUCCAGGGAACCCAAGUCUGAGAAAGACGCUCACUCCAGUCAUUCCCUGCUCAGAAUGACAAAACGUCUGAGGAAGACUGUAAAGGGCAAAAGAAAGAGCAGCUCUUUGUUUUUUCAGGAGAAGAAUUCAGACUCAGAGACCCCUUUGAACCUGUCAACGUUACCUCUCCGCUUCACACACACCGACGACAACAACACGCAGGGACUGUACGUAUCCGUGAGCGACAGAGCCGCGCCGCUAAACUCUGUGGCUGGCGAGAUAACCCAGAUAGCUGACGUGCAGAGAUACACCACCAUGUUGUACAACGAUUUCACCGAGUCUCUGAAUUCACCCCCGUCACCAUGGCCCCAGGAGGACUCGGAGCCCGACGAUGGUGCUAACCCGGACGCUGUAGCCAACGCUGUGACUCUAAAGCAGACCUGGCAGAAGUUCUGUGCCCAGUCCAGGCAGCGUAUGCAGAGCCUUCAGGUCCAUAAGGAGCACAAAGCGGCCAAGCAGCUGGGCUGUAUUAUAGCUGGGUUCAUGACGUGUUGGAUCCCAUACUUCAUAGUCUUUAUGGUCAUGGCUUUCUGCCAAACCUGUGUACAUCACGACCUACAUAUGUUCACGAUAUGGCUUGGGUAUAUAAACUCUACCUUGAACCCGUUCAUAUACCCCCUCUGCAAUGAGAAUUUCAAAAGGGUGUUCAAAAAGAUUUUACACAUUCAUUUGUGAUGAAAGGUUUUCUGAACAGUGCCUUGAUUGGCAGGUAGCCCUUUAAGUUAUGUUAUCGAUGCUGCUUUAAACUUAGGUGUGCUUGCAUGUUUUGAGUAACUUCAGUUUUGGUACCUUAACUUUGUAUAGUUUUGUAAAUAUAAUGCUUAUUUAUUGUAGGCCUAAGUAUUUCUGUAUCAAACCCAAGCAUCAUCCUUCUCACUCAACAAACUAUGCAUUCCAGUCUUGAGUCUUGUCUGACUUUUUAUUUUAGUCAGUCGUGUCUAUAAUUUCCAAUAAAAGAGACCCCCUUUUCAAUACAAUCUGGUUCAAGUUCAAACCUUAAUUGUCAAUUUUCUGUGAAAACGGAAAUGUGUCUUAUCUCAAAAUGCAACCAACCAUGCAUUCCAGUCUUCAUGGAGUCUUGUCUGACUUUUAACAUGUAUUUUAGUCAUUCGUGUCUGUAAUGUCCAAUAAAAGUGUCUGAACGGGGUGGGUUUGUAAUAGAUGAGUAACCUAUGCAACUGUUAUACUGUACUUCCCUUACCAAAAAUAUUUAUACAAAAAGACAUACAUCUCAAAGUGUUUCAGUGAUUUGUCUUGAUUUGAGGGGGCGCCAGUGUAGACUAAACAUUACUGCUGUAACUCAGUGCUCACACUGUGGUAAACACGGCAACAUGAUAUGUUUACAUUCUACAAUAAAAAAUAAGUGUUUUAACAUGAA